CAUUCGCCUUGCAUCAGCGUGUGUCCGUGGACCACACGUACCGGUAAAGUUGUCACAUUAUACGCCACUUUAGCGUGGAUAAAAGUAGACAUUUCCCCAACCAAGUCAUCAGUCCACUGCCAAAUGAAACUGUUUGUUAGCGAAGGCAACCCACACUGCCUAAAAGUGUUGGCUGCCUUAGAAGUAGCCGGAGUCCGGUGUGAAGUCCAGUUUGUCAACCACGAAGAAAAAGUCGUGCCCUUCCUGAGCCGUCCAUCUUUACCAGCCCUGCUCCUUCCAAAUGGACAGCACCUUUUUGGCCCCAACGCCAUAUGCCGAUACAUGUUUGAAGUGAGUGGGCAAGAGUGCAACGAGGCUUGCGAUCAGUGGCUCGAAUGGGAGGCCACAGAUCUCCAGCCUGCCCUGCUUCAGGCGCUUCACAUGGCGGUGCUUCAGGGGAAAGAAUCGGAGGUCCCUAAAGUCCUUGCAGGCCCUCUCAGCUACUUGGACCAAAGCUUGACCAAGGCGACCACAUCUUAUUUAACUGCGGAUGUUGUUUCGGUCGCUGAUCUUGUUGUUUGUGCCGCGCUGCAUCCGAUUUUGUCCGCAUCAUCGCUCGCUUCGGGUGAACACACGUCCGUGAAGGUUUGGUUCGACCGUUUGGCCGCCUCACAGAGCUGCGUGUCGGCGUCUCAUAAAGUGCUGCAGGGAAAAGGCCUGCAGGCGAUGAAGAGCUUCAUGCAGAGGCAGCCUCCGCCGCAGAGCGGCCAGUGCAGAGGCAGCGGGCAGGUCUGCAACAGCGGCCCUGUUGAGGGUGAAGAAGGGGAACAUGCGGUGUCACAGGAAGAGAUGGAAGCUGCUGCUCUCACUUGGCACAAGGGUUUAAAUUCCUCCUCAGCAGCCACAGACAGACGUCACCCAAUUCUGCCGCAGGAAGGCAAACGAAACAUCCUGUUGACCAGCGCGUUGCCCUAUGUCAACAAUGUACCCCACCUGGGCAACAUCAUUGGCUGUGUUCUCAGCGCUGACGUCUUCUCCAGGUACGGCCGACUGCGAGGCUGGAACUCUCUGUUCGUGUGCGGCACAGACGAGUACGGCACGGCCACGGAAAAUAAAGCUCGCGAGGAAGGCCUGACGCCGCAGCAGAUCUGCGACAAAUACCACGCCAUUCACGCCAGCAUCUAUAAGUGGUUCCAGAUUGACUUUGACUUCUUUGGCAGGACGACUACCGAGAAGCAGACGGAGAUAGCCCAGAACAUUUUCUGGAGGCUCCACAAGAAUGGCUUCCUGGUGGAAGACUUGGUGGAGCAGCUACGGUGUGAGCAAUGCCAGCGUUUCCUGGCUGACCGUUUCGUCGAAGGCACCUGCCCCCACUGCAAGUACCCGGACGCCCGUGGCGACCAGUGCGACAAGUGUGGGCGACUCAUCAAUGCAGUGGAACUCAAGGCACCUCACUGUAAAGUCUGUGGACAGACUCCAGUCAUCCGCUCGUCCAAACAUCUUUUCCUGGACCUGCCAAAGUUAGAGGCUCAGUUGGAGCACUGGCUGGACAAGUCCACCGGCAACGGAGACUGGACUGCGAAUGCCAAACAGAUCACUCGCUCCUGGCUCAGGGAUGGACUCAAACCUCGCUGCAUCACCAGAGACCUCCAAUGGGGAACGCCAGUACCUCACCCGGACUUUAAAGAAAAGGUGUUCUACGUGUGGUUCGACGCCCCCAUCGGUUAUGUCUCUAUCACUGCCAACUACACAGACAAAUGGGAACAGUGGUGGAAGAAUCCAGAUCAGGUGGAGCUGUACAACUUCAUGGCCAAGGACAACGUGCCGUUCCACAGUGUGGUGUUUCCCUGCUCCCUCCUGGGAGCUCGGGACAACUACACACUGGUCAAUCACUUGAUUGCCACCGAAUAUCUGAAUUACGAAGACACAAAGUUCUCCAAGAGCCGUGGCGUCGGCGUGUUCGGCGACAUGGCCAAGGACACGGGUAUCCCGUCCGACGUGUGGCGCUUCUACCUGCUCUACAUGCGUCCCGAGGGGCAGGACUCUGCCUUCUCGUGGGCCGACAUGGCUCUGAAGAACAACUCGGAGCUGCUCAACAACUUGGGCAACUUCAUUAACAGAGCCGGCAUGUUUGUUUCAAAGUUCUUUGAUGGCUGUGUGCCCGUGAUGGAGCUGCUGCAGGAAGAUAAGAAGCUCCUGGCUGUAGUGGGCUGGGAGCUGGAGCAGUACAUCCAACUCAUGGACAAAGUCAAAAUCCGUGACGGUCUGAAGCAUAUCCUCAACAUCUCUCGCCAUGGCAACCAGUACAUCCAAGUAAAUGAACCCUGGAAGAAGAUCAAGGGAGGAGAUGCAGAACGGCAGCGUGCAGGCACUGUCACCGGCGUGUCCAUCAACGUCGCCUGCUUACUGUCCGUCAUGCUGCUGCCCUACAUGCCGGCGGUCAGCCAAACCAUCAGGGAUCAACUCAACGCACCUCAUUCUUGCGUCAGCGCCAUUCUGCGCGGCACGGGCGCCUUCACUCGCGUCCUCGACGCCGGCCACCAUAUUGGCACCGUGAGUCCAUUGUUCCAGAAACUGGAGGUGGAGCAGAUUGAAACUUUGAAGAAGAGAUUUGGCGGCCAGCAGCUGGAAGAUGUACCGCCAAACAAGAAGGUGCCGACUCCAAACGCUGCCAGCCCUCAGUCGGCCGCUAUGCCGCCCAUCACUGCAAUGGAAGUGAACGCCGGAGUGGACCCGGAGAAAUCCCGGCAGCUGACGCAGGCUGUGGCUGAGCAGGGAGAAAAAGUGCGAGCCCUGAAAGCGCAGAAGGCCGACAAAUCGGUGAUCACGGCCGAGGUGUCUAAACUAUUGGAGCUGAAGAAGCAGUUGGCGCUGGCAGAGGGCAAGAGCCCCGAGCCCGCACCCGUCAAGGGCAAGAAGUGAGACGCGGCCAUAAAAGUCGCCAACAGUGGAGGUGGUUAGCGGAGGGGUACAAUAUGCAAGGUGUGAUAGCGGGAAAAGGGGGAACAAGAUGUGCAUGGCGAGAUGAGCAUGUUAGCCAAAGGCAAAGCCGUGACGGGAUCUGAGACAACAGGGUUUUAGCACCGAGGUCUAAUGAAAUGCUAGUGAGGCCGGCGGGGAAAUGAACACACACAAAAGGGAGCCAAAUGAAUUCUGCUACAGAAUGGAACGGAUUUGGGAAAAAUCCCUACACCAAGAAUAACUGAUUUGAUACUCAACAUCAGCCUCGCAAGGUGCGAAAAUGUUUUUACACCACAAUUAACACAUUCACUGCCAUUAAUGGCUUUAGAAGGCAAAUAUCCAUGUUAACUGGGAAGGCUUGCAGUGAAUGUUUAAAAAAAAAAAAAAAAAGUAUCAAAUUUUCCCUUGUGAAAAUCUAUUAUGGUCCAUACAUAGUGUGACGCAGUGUACUUCCUGUCAUUCAUGUGAACAAUAAACCUUGCAUUAACAAGCAAAGAAAAUCAAUUAUUUUAUUGCAAAUUUGGGGUUACAGUGACAGAUAUAAGAAAAGUUAACAAACAUGAAUCCCAUUAAUGAUUUUUUAAAAAACAUGCAUAUUCAUGUAUAAUUAACAAUUGAUGACUUGAUUAAGUAGAAAUGAACAGUACAAAUGUAUACAGUAAAUGUUAUUGCAGUUAUAUAAAAAUAUCAAGUGGAUGUAUCCCACAAGUCCCGCAUUGAAUUAAAAAAAAAAAAAGGUUCCUGGGUUGAAUAAAAAAAACAAAAAAAAAGGUAACCUGUAGAAAUAUUAGUCAGGGGCAACCUGCUGUAUUAACUAUACGUACAUGCAAAGGCUUAUAGAAAAAGCAAAAAAAAUAUUUGUACUCUCAAAGCGAGGGGACACAUUCAAAACGUUCCUGAGCUCCUUCUGUCCACAAAUUGGGGCAAAUAAUCUCUGCUAGCCAAAUUGCAGCCCUUUUACGAGGAGUUAGUGUAUUGCAAAAUGGCGGGAAAACACGACAACAAAAUGCCCUCAACUCAAUUCCUUUCUUUCCAACGUACAAAUCAUCAAAUCAUCCUUCCUAAUGGUGGGGUAACUUCAUGUUCCAAACCUUGCGACCACUGUAUGAUAUGCAAUUAAGAGUGUAUGAUAUGCAAUUAAGAGCUUCCUGUUCUUUUCCGUUUCACAUGCUGAGUCUUUCUAGUUUGCUGCAGUGAUGUUGCAGCUUUUCUUUCAACUCUGCCUUGACUUUCAUCAUCUUUUCCAAACAUCUUCAAAUCUCUUUGGUUUUCAUACCUUCUGGUCUUAGGACACACACAGACCAUUUAUUUACUCACCGCCGCUUCUUGUCGUUCUAUGAGCUCAUUUCCUGGUGUUGACAAGUCUCUCGAUGAGGGCUCGCCGCGUACGCUGCACCUCCUCACCCAACCUUUCGAUUUCCGCUUUCAAGCGCUCGUUCUGCUCCGUCAGCUCCUGCACUUUCUUCUCGUUCUCCUGCUCCCUCUCCUUGCGACUCUUUUUGGCGGACAAAUAUGACGAGGAUGAGGAGGAUGCGCGCUGCUGCGACUGGGCGACUGAGGCGCCCGGGGACGACGUGGCGCCAUCGGGUCCCUCGCUUCUCCGUCGCUUGCCGGGGCGGGAAGGCGAGUAGAUGGACGGCGACGAGACGGGCGACGACGGAGACGAGCAGCGCCUGGAAGGCGACUGCGAGGCGGAGGAUGACGAGCAGGAUGGCGAAUCGGGGACGCAGGGCAACUCUUCCUCGCUGGCUGAUGGAGACGCUGGAUGGAUGUUGUGAACCUGCUGCUGCUCGUGGUGAUGAUGAUGGUAAUAACAACCACUGCUUGAAUCCACCAUUCCUCCUUCACUCAGGAACUCAAAGAACUCAGGAGGAAGAAGGUCGCCGUCACCGCUCCUCGCGUUCGCCUCCGUUUUCCGCUCUUCUGCCGGAGUCAAGCUGGAGGAGGAGGAUGAGGAGGAGGUGUGAUGUAGAGGCUGGGCGUUGUGAAUCUGCUCUGUUGCCCUCUGAAUGCCCUCUCCCCACGUGUGACCUCCCUCUGUCAGCCACGUCAGGGAGCAACUCUCCAGAACAUCCAGGAACUCGGGCUCCUUCUGUAAGUACGAAAACACCAAAUUUGACAUCACUCUAUGGCUAGGGGACCAUUUGGCAGCCCAAAAGACCACCCCACAGAGGUUUAAUAUUUACAAUAAAUUUAAUAAAAGUUCAAUGUUACAAGACAUCACACUUUAAAUUGUAAAAUCUAAAAUUGUUUUAUUGUAUUUUUUUUUUUUAUGUGUGACUUUCAUUCACAUUUGUAAAUAAAUUCAAAUGAUAAAACUAUUUUUUUUUUUAAAUGGUACAUUAAUAAGUUUACUUAUAUAUGUCACACAAAUAUUUUUUGCUUUGUUGCUGAUAACACCAAGAUGAGAUUUUGACUUUUUUUUGUUUGUUUAACUGCUUAGCCUCUGUUGGCUGACACCAUUUUGAAUAUCGUUCGCCUAAUAGUAUGUUUGCCUCAUUUUUUAUUUACUGUCACAAUACCAAUAAUAAAAAAUACCAAUUUGCUUGCUAAAAAUUGAGUUUUUCCUUUGUGUGUAGUCAUCUAGGUCAUGAUAAUUG